UUUUUAAUCAGAAGAGUGCACUAUGUUCGAAUGAAAAAGUCAUUCAUAGUUAAGGGAUUUAAUUAUAUAAUUCGGGGCAGCUUGCGGGGAGGGUUGGUAAUUUUCAUAUAGCGAUGAAGAGGAAAAUACAUGUAUACAACAGAAUGCGAAAGCAGAUAUACGUUUCCAGAAAAAGCUAUCAUAAACGACAAAGAGGAAAGCAAACAAGAUGUAGUGUUAAUGAAGAAAUAAGAAAAAUUGCGAGAAUUCUUCCCAAAUCACGUCUCAAAAUGAAAGAAGAUCCAGUAAUAGUGUUAACACAUUGGAUAAAAUACAUAAAGGACCUUAAAAAGGAACAGACAAGACUUUUGACCUUGAAGAAAACUUAUUUACAAAUUGAUAUGAUGCAUAGGAAACUUAACCAGAGAAUGCAGGUGUUAGAAAGCAAGUUGGAUGACAAGUUAAAAAAUACUCAAUGAAAGAAUAAAAUAUAUUAAAAAAAUAUGAACAUAUCAUGGCAAAGAAGAGUGGCAAGUCACGAUAUCGCCUCAAAAUUUGAAAUUUUGAUAUUUGAAUCCCAUAUUGAAAUCCAUAAGACAUAAAAAUGGAGGGGUAGUCUUGAAAUGAAAUGGAGAAAAAUGAUGAGAAUUUGGAUUUAUGACUCUCGGCUAUGUGUGUUUUAUGUUUUCUUUAAAGAAACGUCAUUACCUAUUUUACCUAUUUUUAAAUUCUGAAUGUCAGUGGUGGAUCUGUAAUGGAAAAUAGUUUGAAGACAUCUUCGAGAGAUCUAGGACAUUUUACCUGAUGGUGUCACAAAUAUCACAGUGUGGAAAAUUGUGUAUUUAUUCAAAGUUAAGGAUUAAUCAAUAUUCAAAUACAUGUAUCUGUAUUACAGAACAUUUGGUCUCAUGAAUAAACAUAAAAUGCAAAAA